UGCUGUUAUUGGUGGGUGCCGUACCGUUUCCUGGAUCAGCCAUGUUUCUGUAUAUAGAGUCUGGAGACUCUUUGAAGGCACCUGGGACGAAGGGCCAGGUAAAGCUGCACCUUGUGAUGAGAAGCCAUGUGUGGCAGCUUUAAGAGAACCCGUUGUGUUGCUGAUGAGUGUAAAGCGCCUGCAGGGCUAAGCCAUCGGAUACUUUCAACGGUAAUGUACUUCCAACGGUCUCCAAAGAGGUCCCUUAAUGAGAGGCGAGCUUAUUAUCCAACGAUUGGUCGUAAGUUGGAGACAGGCGGGCGAGCCAAUAAGCUUAUUGGGUUUACCCACCUCCAAGGCAGCUUCAAGCGCCCCCACUUGCCAAUUGAUGCAGAUCUGGCUCAAGCCGGAGUUUGGGCAAGCUGUUGAGUGGGAAGGAGGAACCCUUGGCAAAUCCUGUACUGUGGUAUUUAUUGGGGCAUUGGGGGCUUGGCUCUUUUCCCUCCUUCAACCCUCCUCCAACCUCCAAAAACGCUACAAUGAAUACCAUUCUUCACCCACGCUUUUCAAAGCACAGGGCAAGAACCCAUUGUACGGAGUAGCGUUGGAAGCAAACCACGGCCCAGUUACGCCACAAAUGCAGCCACCGCCAAGGCUUGGCAACUGGCAUCAAGGCCCGAUUGGACAGUUGAAAUUUUCUGCGGGGCUUGUGGCCGUGCAGUUCGGUUCUUGCGGUGGUUCCCGGGUCGCUCUCCGUGUACAACGGUACCUAGGUGGGUCGUGAGAAAGAGGGGCGGCGCCGGGGAAACGCCGGGGUUAGGAAAGCAGCGGUGGGAAGGGAGGGGACGUUGCAGACCAAGUCAAACUGCCCUGAAGGUCCGGAUUGGCUUGGCUUGACUUAUUGCUGGCAGCGCUGAGGGGAAUCCGAGGGGAGUAGCAGUAGUUCAAAGCCGUGAACUGAUGCAAUCAGCACCUCC